AUGCCGAAAUCUGUCCUGGUCGCCAGAACGUGGUUGGCUCUGCUCGCCACACGGGCACCCCAGACGCCUGGAAACACCCCCCAAAGGUUGGGGCUGGCACCCCCUAGUGGGCUUGGCAUAAACGCCCCCCAGCGUCGCCCAAGGCAAGCCCCGGAGCUCUGGCCAGGACUGGGCGGCUCGGCGCUUGUUAAGGCCCUAAAGCACCCCCCAAAACCAACCAACCAACCAACCAACUUUCACCCACGCUCGCUCGUGCCGGCGAGGCGAGGCCGUCGUAAAUCAUGGCUAUUCUGCCUCACCUCUCAUCCUCAGUCAAAUAGAGAGGUUUCAACCCCCAUACUUUUUUGGGCCGUUGGCACCGAAUUAUAUUGGUGCAAGGGAGAUACUUCAAAAGCAAGAAAACGAACUCUCUCCUCCGUAACUACAGAGCAAAAAAAUAUCAAAGAUGCUAUGAUUGUGUUUCACGGAUUUCCCCCUUUAUCACAAGAGUCUAAGUUUACGAGCAGCUGGGCCGCGGAUCGCCACGGACUCCACGCCCAGAAUUCGCUGCAAAGAACAACGGCGGUGGUGAGGGGAAAAGGCAUCCGUGUCCACAAUCGCAUCUGA